AUGGCUUCCCACCGACAAUCGACGGCGAUGCACAGCCCAACCGGCGAGGACGAGACAGAGGCCUUUCUCGACCUGGACUUGUCUGAAAAGACCGUCGACCCUGGACACCAGAGGAGGGGAUGUUGGGGAAAGGGAGUAUACACGUUUACCAAGGACGCUACGUUCCUCGACGAGCACAUGCUCUUCAAUCGAACCGAUACAUUCCGUACCCUUCAUAACUGGAUUCCGCUCAGCUCUGGAUAUGUGAGAUUCGACGAGAAGGACUCCUACGAUCUGCCCCAACCGUACAUCACGCCGAUCGACCGAUAUACCGAAGGACCAGGCUACAUGGUGACACUGUACCACCAACUUCACUGUCUUUCCUACCUGGUCGAGCACCUACAAGCUGGGUACUCGGGGGCCCGGCUGACGGAGGAAGUGGCUCACCACGCGGCGCACUGCUUCGACUACAUACGCCAAGGCAUCAUGUGCGCCGCCGACACGACGCUGGAGGGCCAGACCGAGGCCGGCCCGGCUGGGGCUCCAAGCACGAGUGCAAGGAUUACGACGCGCGACGCUGUAGUCGGCGAGCGCCGCCUUUACUCGAGGGACGAGCACGCGAGCCACGAUAUCUCGAUUUACGAAGCGAACGGAGGCCGUUCUCAAGUAAUAUUGUACGGUAGCAUCAAGCGAGAUGCGGAGAAUACCUAG